AUCGCCAGCGCCUCCUCUGCUCUCCCCUCCCAGUCCCUACCCCAUGGCGACCGCGACCGCCACCGCAGGGCCGUACAACAACGCCGCCACCGAGGCGGGGAAAGAGGAGCCGCCGACGAGGCCGCUCGCCACCGCGUCCCCGACCGUCUACCCUGCCGCGGCCGACGGCGCCGCCGGGGACGAGGAGGUCGCGACCUCCUCCAAGCGCUGGCGCUCGGCGCAGUACCUCCGGAAGCGCCGGUGCGCGCUCUGGUGCUGCGGCUGCUGCGGCGCCGCCGUGGUCCUCCUGGGCAUCGCCGCCCUCGUGCUCGCGCUCACCGUGUUCAAGGUCCGGGACCCCGUCCUCACCAUGAACGGCGUCACGCUGGAGGGCGUGGACGGCGACCUGGGCACCGCGGCGGGGCACCCGGUGUCCGUGAACGCCACGCUCAGCGCCGACGUCUCCAUCGAGAACCCCAACGCGGCCUCCUUCCGGUUCGGCCGCAGCGAGACGGACUUCUACUACGCCGGGGAGACGGUGGGCGUGGCGUACGCGCCGGGGGGCGAGGUCGGCGCCGGCCGCACCGUGCGCAUGAACGUCACGCUCGACGUGCUCGCCGACCGCAUCUCGCCCAACGUCAACGCCACCGACCUCAUCUUCGGCCAGGACUACAACCUCACGAGCUACACGGAGAUAGCCGGGAGGGUCAGCGUGCUGGGCAUCUACAAGAGGGACCUCGACAUCAAGAUGAACUGCUCCAUCACGCUGGAGGUGGGGGCCUUCACCACCGUGCAGAGCAAAUCCACCACCUGCGUUGCAAACGUCAGCUGAUCAUUUCGGUUAGAAGAAGAGUGACUAUCAUAAACGUCUGUCUUGAUGCUCAACGGCUUGUGUAUUUAUGUGCUUUUCUAAAUUCUGAUGAGAGGAUACCUACAAGUUCAGG